AAGAGGUUCAAGAACUCCCGAUGGUCAAUUACUGCAAAUUAUGUUAGUGUCGACACCCUCGCAUUGUGUCAAACUUACCCAAUAACUUAUAAUUGGUUAUGUAUUGACACUUUCACCCAUUGCGGAAGAAACAAUUCCAUGUCAGACUUUUGGACCAUUAUUCAAUUUCCUGAAUGGAUACCCAAUCCCAAUCAACUCUUUACCUUACUUCAAAUUGGGAUUCCAAAUCCCAAGCUAGUUAUUAUUAUUUUUUGGGAAAUGAUAAGUUUGCCCUUUGAACCGGCACACUUCAUUACACACGCACAGUUUGGAGAUUAAAAUACAUUAAUAGGCAAGUAUUUACCUAGGAAAAUUAUUGAUACACCCAAUAUUUCAACACCCGGUUCCACACCAUUUUGUUUAGUCAUUAAAAGUAUAAUAUAAAUACAGUCAAUUCAGUCGAUUCCUGUAUCUUGUAUGCAUGAUUGUAUCAUUAUACAUGUCUGUUUUUAAUUUCAGACUAAAAAAUAAUAAUUUUUUAAUGACUAAAUCAGAGAGUGUUGAACCGGGUGUUGAAAUAUUGGGUGUACCAAUCACUGUCCAUUUACCUAUCCAGAGCUUAUCUUGCAAAAGACAAUGACUAGAGUAGAGUUUAAGGAACCUAUCACAAAUCCCUCUACACCCCCUUCAUCUCUCUUUGCCUACUUCAUUUUGGUGUCUUUAUAGAUUUGACCCAAUCGCCACCAUGGAAACAUCUAUGUUGCUUAACAACUAGAUUGAUCUAUGAAUCACCCACCCUGGAAGUCUCUGCCAAUGAAGAGAAGCAAUUCUUUCUUAUUGCUCUGUCUCUCCAUCUUAGGCUCUUUUUUGUUGCCAAUGGUCUUACGUCCUUGUUUUCCAUUCCUCUCUUGCUACCAACUCCACCUAAUCCACCCAAACAUGUUCGCUCCCCCAAUUUUCUUCUUGCUCUUGAAUUUCCUUGAAAAAUCCUUCAAUUUCCUAAAAAAAAAGGGCAAAAACCAAACAUACAAUACUAUGCAACGAAUCUAUUUGGGUUUAGUUAUUGGGUUUCAAGAUGAACCUAAAUGUAGGAUUCCACAACAAACACAUACUUUAUUUUUUUUUUUACUCAAAUUCAACUUUGGUUGUGGUGGCUGUUAAGUUGCAAUCUCUUUGAAUUUUGAGUUUGAAUAGAGAAUGAUUUUUGUCUUUUUUUAUUGUGGAUGAUGAAAGUGUAAUUAAUUUGUUUGGAAACAGAAAUAAAUAUGAAUGGCAAUGGGUUUAAGCUUUUACACAUUUCAUUCCAAAUCAUAAGAAAUUAACUUCUUAAUA